GCAUGCUAUUAGAAGAUUUCAGAUUUUAUUGAAUCUAAAACCCAAAAGAGAGACUGAGAGCAGAACUCGAAACUGAAAACGUUUUCUGAAAUCACCGGGAGAGACAGAAGAAGAUAGAAGUCCUCUAACUUUGGUAACUGAAAAGCAGAAAAGCAGAGCUUUGAUCAGAAGUGGAAGGAGUUUAUUCAGUGCCCAUGUCGUCCGGAGUCAUUGAAAGGAAGAGAAAGUCUCGAAGCCGGCGAAGUGGACCUAAUUCCGUGGCCGAGACUCUUGCAAGAUGGAAACAAUACAACGAUAUACUUGAUUCUGUCCGCAAAGCUCCAGCAAAAGGUUCAAAGAAGGGGUGUAUGAAAGGUAAAGGGGGGCCCGAGAAUUCAAUAUGUGGUUACAGGGGUGUGAGGCAGAGGACAUGGGGUAAAUGGGUUGCUGAGAUUCGGGAGCCAAACAGAGGGAGUAGGCUAUGGUUAGGUACCUUCCCAACUGCCAUUGAAGCUGCUCUUGCAUAUGACGAAGCUGCAAGGGCCAUGUAUGGUUCUUCUGCCCGUCUUAAUCUUCCAAAUUACACCACGUCUUUGAAGGAUUCUUCUUCGGCUCCAACUACAUCGGUUUCUGAUUCCACCACGACAACAUCCAACUACUCUGAAGUGUGUGCAUAUGAGGAUUCAAAGAAGCCUGUUUUACCGAGUAUCAAACAUGAAAGUGGCGAAGGUGAAUCAGGAAUAAGUGGUGGUAUGCUUUCUGCAGUGGUUAAAGCUGAACCUGCCACACCAGUUAGUUUGGUAACACAGGGAGGAGGUAAUGAUCCUGUCAAUGUAGGUAAUGAACCUGUUGAUGCAAUGAAGCUCCAGCAUGAAGAAAACGGUCAUUCUUUGGAUGCCAUGUACUUCAAGAAUGAAGACGGAGGACAGGAUUUCUUGGAAGGAUUUCCUAUGGAUGAAAUGUUUGAUGUGGAUGAAUUUUUGAGGGCCAUAGACUCUGACCCCCUUGCUAGCUAUGGUACAAGGCAGGAAUUGGGUCAUGAUUCUGGGCAAGUAGGGAGCUUUGAAACUGAUAAUAUGCAGUGGGAAAAGCCAACGGAUUUAUCUUACCAACUGCAAAAUCCAGAUGCUAAGCUUCUUGGGAGUUUGAAUCAUAUGGAGCAAGUGCCUUCUGACUUUGAUUAUUGCUAUGGCUUCUUGCAGCCAGGCAAGCAGUUAGAUCCCUGUAUAGGGUUGAAUGAUCAGGGGUUACUUGAUUUGGAAUUAUCAGAUAUGGGGUUCUAAGAAGAUUCUGAUUGCUGGAUAUGAGAUUGCCAGAUUGAAGUUCUAAGGAUGCCUGAAUAUAGAAGUCAGUAUUACAGCUUGAAGAUUGCAAUUGAUAGUACAAUUAGCCAGAUGACUAGACGAUGGAAUAGAUUUCUGUGCUUUCAUACAUUCGUUUCUCCUCCUGGUUUGCCUCUUUGAUCUAGCACCUAAGAGACAGUGCACCAGGGGAGUGUAACUUUGAGAUUUUUUCAGUUCUUUAGCUGACUUUUUUCCUUGUAUCAUCUCUCUAUUUUGGGCUGAUUCUCUAUAGGUUUUUUAGAGUGGGGAAUUUAGCUUUGAUGUGGUGGUUUUUCUAACCAUUUUUAGGGCUAGUCUUAGUGUCUUAGUCAUACCUUCAAAACAAACAGAUUGUGUUUCCAAAUAGUAAAUAGUUUUCUCUUUUUUACCAGGACACAAUUUUUUGCUGUUCAUAGUUCGUCAGUGAAAGCAUGUAACUCUCAUAGUUCACUGUAAUGUAAAAAUGAUGUUCCAUUUUUGUUUUUC